GCAGCUCGAAGUGACGGCGUUCGAUUGCAAAGUGGCAACGCGCGAGGAGGAAUCUAUUAUCGCCCGGAGCCGCAGCCGGGGUUCACCUGUGGCGAGCGCGUGAUUGGAGGGAGUGCGCCUCACCCCGCCCCCCCUCCGCCCCCCUCCGCCUCCCCAGACCCGGAGCGAGCGCACCGAGCUCGCCGCGCCGCCUUCCUCUGCCCGCCGCGCAGGAGUUCUCGUCCCUCGGACCGGACGCGUUGUGACACAGAUGGUUCCAUCACGGCGUCCGGCUCUGUUCUGACCCAAACCGCCGCCGACUAGGGACGAACCGACCUCCUGCCGAGUCUUUUGGAUGCGCCAUGCAAUCCCGCUGGUGGAGUUGUGGCGUUCGCCUGGCGGCGUGGACGUGGAUUUGGAGUGUGGCGCUGCUCGGAACGCGGUGCAUCCCCGCGAAUGAAGUGAACCUACUGGAUUCUCGCUCUGUGAUUGGGGAUCUAGGAUGGGUGGCCUACCCUAAGAAUGGGUGGGAGGAGAUUGGUGAAGUAGAUGAGGACUACGCCCCCAUUCACACCUACCAAGUGUGCCGGGUCAUGGAGCAGAACCAGAACAACUGGCUGCACACCAACUGGAUCCUGACGGAGGGAGCGCAGCGGGUUUUCAUCGAGCUCAAGUUCACCCUGAGAGACUGCAACAGCCUCCCUGGAGGCGUCGGGACCUGCAAGGAGACGUUCAACAUGUACUACUACGAAACCGACGGCGACGAGGAGGAGACGGACGACGGCGAGAUGCGGGACGGGACCGGCAUGACGGAGGAGGAAGACCGGGUCAUGAAGGAGAGCAGAUACGUCAAAAUCGACACCAUAGCGGCCGACGAGAGCUUCACCGAGCUGGACCUGGGCGACCGCGUGAUGAAGCUCAACACCGAAGUCCGCGAUUUGGGCCCGUUGAGCCACAAAGGCUUCUACCUGGCCUUCCAGGACCUGGGCGCCUGCAUCGCCCUGGUCUCGGUGCGCGUCUUCUACAAGCGCUGCCCCUUCCUGGUGAAGAGCCUGGCCGAGUUCCCCGACACCAUCCCGGGCUCGGAGGCCUCGCAGCUGGUGGAGGUGGUCGGCCGCUGCGUCAACAACUCCAUCCCCUUGUACGAGCCUCCCAGGAUGCACUGCAGCACAGAGGGAGAGUGGCUGGUGCCCAUCGGGAAGUGCGUGUGCCAGCCGGGCUUCGAGGAAAUCAACGGAUCGUGUCAAGUCUGCAAAGCGGGAUUUUACCGCUCGCUGCUGGAGUCCGUGGCCUGCAGUAAAUGUCCACCUCACAGCGUGGCCAGGCAGACGGGGGCCACGUCCUGCGGCUGCGACGACGGAUACUACAAGAUCGACUCCGACCCUCCUAACAUGGCCUGUACACGCCCCCCCUCCGCGCCGCGCAACGCCAUCUCCAACGUCAACGAGACCAGCGUGUUCCUGGAGUGGUCCGUUCCCAUGGAGACGGGCGGCAGGAAGGACGUGCGCUACAACAUCCUGUGCAGGCGGGUGCUGCCCGACGGCAGGGGCCUGGAGGAGUGCGGCGCCGGCGUCCGCUUCCUGCCGCGCCGCGUGGGCCUCUCCAACACCUCGGUGAUGGUGGCCGACCUGCAGUCGCACACCAACUACAGCCUCCUGCUGGAGGCCGUCAACGGCGUGUCGGAGCAGGCCAGGGAGCACAGCAAGCAGUACGUGACGCUCAACGUGACCACCAAUCAGGCAGCCCCCUCUCCAGUCAGCGUCGUGAGGAAAGGCCACACAGGGAAGAGCAGCAUCUCCGUCUCGUGGGCAGAGCCCGAUCGGCCCAACGGCAUCAUUCUGGAGUAUGAGAUCAAGUAUUUUGAAAAGGAGCAGGACUCCAGUUACACCAUAAUCAAGUCCAAGGAGACCGAGAUGGUGGUGGAGGGCCUCAAGCCGUCUUCAGUCUACAUCUUCCAGGUUCGAGCCAGGACCUCUGCGGGCUACGGCGCCUUCAGCCGACGCUUUGAGUUCCAGACCAGCCCUUACUUAACCGCUACCAGCGAACGCGCCCAGGCCUCCAUCGUGGCGGUGGCCAUCACGCUGGCGCUGGUUCUACUGGCAGUGGUCGCUGGAUUCCUGCUCAGCGGACGUCGGUGCGGCUACAGCAAAGCAAAGCAGGAUCCUGAAGAGGAGAAGAUGCACUUCCACAAUGGUCACAUCAAAUUCCCAGGGGUGCGCACCUACAUCGACCCUCUCACCUACGAAGACCCCAACCAGGCCGUGCACGAGUUUGCACAGGAGAUUGAUGUGUCGUUCAUCUCCAUAGAGAGGAUUAUUGGAGCCGGGGAGUUUGGGGAGGUGUGCAGCGGACCUCUGAGGCUCCCGGGCAAGAGAGAAAUGCAGGUGGCCAUUAAGACCUUGAAAGCAGGCUACACCGAGCAGCAGAGACGCGACUUCCUGUGGGAGGCAUCGAUCAUGGGCCAGUUUAACCACCCAAACAUCAUCCGUCUGGAGGGCGUGGUGACCAAAAGCAAACCAGUGAUGAUUAUCACUGAAUACAUGGAGAACGGAUCACUGGACACGUUCCUUAAGAAGAACGACGGCCAGUUCACUGUGAUCCAGCUGGUGGGAAUGCAGCGUGGCAUCGCGUCCGGCAUGAGGUACCUGUCUGACAUGGGAUACGUCCACCGUGACCUGGCGGCUCGGAACAUCCUGGUCAACAGCAACCUCGUGUGUAAAGUCUCCGACUUCGGCCUGUCGCGAGUCCUGGAGGACGACCCGGAGGCCGCGUACACCACGCGGGGAGGCAAGAUUCCCAUUCGCUGGACGGCUCCGGAGGCGAUCGCGUACAGGAAGUUCACGUCCGCCAGCGACGUGUGGAGUUACGGGAUAGUGAUGUGGGAGGUGAUGUCGUACGGAGAGAGGCCGUACUGGGAGAUGUCCAAUCAAGACGUGAUCAAGGCGGUGGAGGAGAGCUACAGGUUGCCAGGUCCCAUGGACUGCCCCGAGGCUCUGUACCACCUGAUGAUGGACUGCUGGCAGCGCGAACGCAGCAGCCGCCCCAAGUUCGACGAGAUCGUCUGUCUGUUGGACAAAUUCAUCCGCAACCCGAGCUCAUUGAAGAAGCUGGUGAACUCGUCACACAGGGUGUCCAACCUGCUGGUGGAACACGCCAGCGUGGAAGGAGACGGCAGCACUCGCAGCCAGACGGUAGGAGAGUGGCUGGACUCCAUCAAAAUGGGCCGCUACACUGAGCUCUUCAUGGAGGGCGGCUACUCCUCACUGGAAACGGUGGCUCAGAUGACGUCAGAAGAUUUGAGGAGAGUAGGGGUGAACCUGGCUGGACAUCAGAAAAAAAUCAUCACUAGCAUUCAGGAGAUGAGAGUCCAUAUGAACAGCACCAGCUCCACUGUAAAAAUCUGACGCAUAUGUACCGACGCACACACGCAGACACACACACCCUCACAAAUAUUUACAUGCACACAGUAUGUGGACCUAGUAUGUGACGAAAAGACUCGUUUAUGCUGUUGGACCUAGAGCGGCUUAGCACUUUCUAUGGACACGGAAACCUGGCGUUUGUGGAUCUGAACUGGAGAACGAUGUGUGAUGUCACUGGGGAUGUGUGAGGCGCAGCCCCGCAUCCGAGCGAGUGCUGCCAUCACCUGCGAGGACGACGGCGUUGAGACGACGAAAUGAACUGGAACGCAUCAAACUCGAGUGAAGAGUUUUCAUUUCUUUUUCUUUUUUUUCCUCCCCUUCCAUUUGUACGAAUCUGGGAGAUUGUGAUGUCGCUGUUUGCCGUUCGGCUUCUUCUCAGAACACACAUGAAACACUGACUGCAGAUCUGGCUCCGAGCGAGAGACGCUCUCCGGCUGCAGCACAAACACGGGGAAACGCUUCGUGCGGCAGAUUUGUACCUUUUUUCAGCCUGUCUCAGGUGUAUUGGCUUUUUCUAUAUCAAUUGCGUGUGGAAAGUGAAGUUCCGUCAGCGUGAGUCCAUGACGCAGACAAAUCUCAGGCAGGAUCAACUAAAAUGAGCAGAUUCGACUAUUGCUUUGCCAACUCAUAUUCAUAAAUGGCUUCUUCCAAAUCAAUGCAAGGAAACAUUACAUAACGCCACGUUAAUUGAAAUAAAGUGGCUAAAAUCUAAUAAUGCAUCUUAAGUGUCAAUGCUGUAAGGUUUGUUUGGCUGAAUGUAUAACACCACACAGAAGCCAAUGCUGUCACAUAAGCAAUGAUUGUGGCAUUAGUGUCUUUCUAGUCCUUGAAUCCAGCUACUGAAUGAAGCUGCAGAUUGUACACUGACCUUCAGCUGCUGAGGAUUUUUGCUCUGGAAAACCUUUUGAUCGGCUCCUAUAGAAAACACGACCACUCCUACUGGAUACUUUGUAUUUUGUGGAACUUUUACUUUGUGAAGAACCUUUAUUCCACUUCCAGCCAUCAUCCAUCAUCUCACGUCGGUCAGACAGCGUCUCUUGGAGUGUUUACAAGGAUUCACCUGGAACCUCAUCUCAGACUCCAAUCAACCGCUUUCCGGUUGGGACUCUGAUGAAGCUUAUUCCAGAUUCUAACAGCAACUUCAGACACACACAUUUUCAGUAGGAUUCAGUGGAGCAUCCUCUGUGAAGCUCAAUAGCGGAACCUCCACCCGUAGUCUCAUGGAAACAAUCAAACAGAGUCUAGUGGGGGGUGGUGGGCUUUACUGAUCCUCUAAUGAAAGCUUGACUCACAUUCUGAUGGAACAUACUACUAGAAUUCCAACGCAGCCUUCACUCAGCAGUGCACUCUGAUCUUCAUGGAGCCUUCACGCGCCACCAACAACCUUCAGGUACCGCAGGAAACCCUCAGCAGUCUGCUCAUCUCACCACGCUGCAGAGUCUCUGUCCCCCACGCUCGCCACACCACAGUAAACCUCACUCCAACAGGACUGAUGGACACGAGGAGUAACAUGGAUCAACUUGAUAAUCAUUUAUUUAUUUAUACUUGUUAAAAAAGUGAGCAACAAUAAUGUAGACGGUUUGUGUUUCAUCGUUUUACUCUUAGACUACUGAGCAGCUCUGCCUACUUGUCUGUCAUGUAUAUAAUGUAUUAUAUAUUCCAAGCAGGGAGCAUUGUUUUUUCUGUCUGCCAUCAUGUGGACAAGUCGAUAUUGAUCAAGCAUCUCCAAGUAGUGCACAUUAGUAAUUAGUCAGAAAAUUCAAAAUCAGCUUUCCUGCUCAAUGAGCCGUUGUCGGGUGGGGGCCACCAGCACAUCUGUCUCCACCUAAGUGGGCCCAACGUGCAACCAUCUGACAUUUAUGUUAUGUUGCCAGGGAUCGUGAUUUAUUUUGGGUUCUGGUGCAGAGAUAUUUUCAAUGAGACAGCAAUAAAUGUCUCUAAAAGCAGGAGAGGACUCUUGGGGAUUGAUAUGUGCUGCAUGCUCUGAUUCAAAGGUAACCACUGAUGUCAAUGCCCGAGCCCUCGGUGUGGUACGUUCUGCACGGCUGCUCGGUGCUUGGUUACAGGAGCCCAACUCUUCCCCAACGCAGUCGCCGGAAGCAGGAGCUGCGUUUGGACAGUAGAUAUAUUUAUCCUCUUUGCAGAUGACAUGCUAAUAUUUUUCUUCAUUAUACAGAGUGUACUGCCGGUGCUGUGGCGUAAAACUAGACAUAAGAUGAGAUUGUAAAGCUACUUUUGUAUGAGGUGGACUCACCUGUUUGAAAAGGGAGAAGAAUGUAGAGGAGUGGCCGCUUCACUUUUUACAGAACGUGUUUCUUUUCUAAACACUCCCUCCGAGUUCCUCUGGCACCAACUGCUGUUCAAUAUCAAGAUCAUGAACGGAGCUUUUUAUGAGGAAGGUCACAGCUUCUGCUCUAAAUGGGUUUGUGCUUUUAAAAGACGCAAUGUUCUACCAAAGUGAAAGUUUGAUCAGAGAAUAAACAUCUGCACAGCCUCUUCAGUCUGUUUGAGUCUCUGGAGACGUAGCUGUAGCUUACACACUUUAUUAGUAAUAUAGAAUUUUCCUGUUUUAAUGCAAGGGAUGAGCAUCACAUCUGUGAAUUUAUUCAGUUUCUUUAGCCACAGUUCUUUUUUUUCAUCUUGAGAAAUGCAACCAAUGUUUUAGCACUGAAUUAUUGAUGUGCAGACUAUUGUGGCUGUGCAGAUGUUUAAUUUAGUGGGCGAGUGCAUCAAAUAUAACAUGUAUAUGGGGUGUUCAGUAAGGCAUGUACAGUGUGUACAAAGAGCCGGGUGCAUGUUUUCACAUUUCCUUUCCAAAUUUCUUAUUUCUUGUUUUGACAUCCACCCUGUUUAGCUUAACGUGCGACUUACAACCUAUGCGCGGGGCGUGAAAUUUGGUGAAUAGCACAUUCUUAUAAGUGCCUCUCAUAUUUUGAGCACCAUUAUUUCCUCCCCUUUCAAAAGGCUAUGCCCCUGUGCUCCAACGUCCUACAGUGUAUUUAUUUUAUGCCAACAGUAUCUAUAGGCAAUAAGAAGAAUGUCAGACAAUGUGUAUGUUGGAACUAAUUUAAUUUGCACUUUAUGAGAAAUCCAUUGCCCGGCUGUUUAACAAAAAUGUGUAUAGAUGACUGACCUUAAAUGUCAAUGACAACAGUUAAUACAGUAAUUGUUAUAAUUGCUGCAUUUACUAAAGCAGAUUAUAUCACUUCAUAUUCUCAAUGCUUCCCGUGGUGUAAAAUCUGACAGUUAAUCACAUUUAUCUAUAUAGAGCACAACAAUACACCUUCAAAACAGAAGCACAGGGUUUGACAGAAAACAGUGAUUUUGUUUUGUACGAAAGGUCGAUGGCACUAGACCUGAUGUCCACAAACUUCAAGGCAUUUUGUCUCCGAGCUUCAGUGAGACUUGAGUUAACGCUCCCAAGUACAAAGUGCUGGAAACAUUAAUUUGCUGUGAUUGCAAACAACAAUAACUAUACAGUUUAGUUGAUGUCCCUUCUAAUUGAAACGCUUUAUUCUCAGCACUUUUGCAAUAGCAUGGUUUUGUCCUCGUUGCAUCUUAUGGAGCAGUUCUCAUUUUGCAGGAGAAAAGAAACCGACACAAAAGCACAGAGAACCAGCAGAGAUUCCUAAUGUGUUUCUGCUCUACUGUCAGCUGGACGGCCAUCAACUACACUGAAGUGAUUAUGCAGGAGCCAACUUUGCAGUGUAAAGUCAAGUAGCGAAACAGAUUUGGUGUCACAUCUGAACCAGCACAUUAGUUGCUUGAAAUAGAGAAGGUUAAUCUUGUUUUUCCACGUCAAUAAACAUAGAUUUCACAGCGAGUUCUUUUAAUUAUAUGACGAGGUUUGUUGGAAUUGGGUCAACAAUCAAAUCGCUACAGUUGGUUUGACUGUGUCCUGUACAAAAGCAAUACUAAUGAAAUUAAUAGCAAAAAAAUCAUUUGCAUAAAUGAGCACAUGGGGAAACAAUAAAAGGUUGCACUGACAUGAAGCAGGGGAGUGGACCGGGUCAAACUGGGCCGUGGUUCUGGACAUUUAACCCUUCGGUUUAAUGCAGAUGUUUGGAUCAUCAUUCUUCUUGGUGGAAGUUGACCCGCCCGCGCUCAGCCAGCGUUUUUGCCAGUUAAGCUUUCGACUCUAUCUAAUAGCCAUGGCCUGGCCCACACGUACACCACUGUACAAGUAACUUCUCAGGAAGUGGAAAAUGGCGACGUCACACAUUCGGUCUGAGGAAAGAACGUGCAGCUUUGUCUCAGACGUCGAAACACAAAGGUUGAGGUUUUUCCAGGUCAUGUUGUCAGUAACCCACACAGACGGUUUAAAAGACUAAGCAACUGUUUAGUGAUUCAUUGAAAGCACAGUAACUCUACUUAGCUAUUGAUGUGCUAUUGGUUUGUCUUUCGGACUGUCAUGUAUUAUGUUUGUGUUGAUGUUUUUGUAGUGUGUUAUCAAAUUCUAUAUUUUUGUAAUAAAACUUUGAUGGAACUCA